CUACUGGAAUGAAACAUAGUGAUCAGCCACCCAAAGUGUCUUCUCCUGUGGCUGAGAUGGAGACUCCUUUACAAAGAGCGCAGAAGUAUAGGAACGAAGGAAAUGUAUGUUUCAAAACUGGAAAAUAUAAUGAAGCUAUUGCUGAAUAUACUAAAGCAAUCGAUAUUUGUCCCAAGGAGAAUAAGGAUGAACUCGCGACUUUUUAUCAAAAUAGAGCGGCUGCGUAUGAGCAAUUGAAAAAAUAUAGUUCCGUAAAGGCAGAUUGUACAAAAGCGUUAGAACUAAAUCCAGAAUAUAUUAAAGCUUUGCUACGUCGGGCACGUGUAUUGGAGCAAACAGGGGAUUUGGAGGCCGCUUUUAAGGAUAUGACUACUGCCUGUAUUCACAAAAACUUUUCCGAUCAAGCUUCCCUUUUAAAGGCAGAAAUAAUCUUAGAAAAGCUUCUUGAACAAGUCCAGGAAAAUGUAACAUCCGAAAAUUUUUUUAUGCUAACUACUCAUGCCAUUGAAAUAUAUUAUAUUAGAGCUUUCUGUAACGAUCCAGUACUUUCUAGACUUGAACAUCCAGAAAACAUUCCAGAAUUUUUCAAGAAACCAUUACAAGCGUUAAAAAACAAGGAAUAUCAUAAUAUAAUACCGUUGUGCACAGAAGUCAUUGAAAGCCCUAGAUUUGAUAAAUUACCUUCCUCUAAACUAGAGGUGGUGUUAUUACGAGCUACAUUUAACUCAUUUCGGAGCGAUUAUUCUGCUGCGAUUCAUGAUUUUAAAAUUAUUUUAUCUAGUGAAGAUGCACUUGAUGAUGUAAGGGUAAACGCCUUGAUAAAAAAAGCAAAUCUACAUAGAAAAAUUGGGAAUCGAUAUUUGAUUUUUAAGGACUUUGAUUUAGCCGUUAUGAUAAAUCCAAGUUGUAGCGAUAUCUACUAUCAUAGAGGACAGGCGUAUUUGGAUAUUCAAAUGCUAGACGAAGCUAAGCGCGAUUUCGAAAAGGUCGUUGAAUUGAAUCCAAACUUCAGUGCGGCACAUAUGCAGAAAUGGUAUGCAAAUUAUCAUUUUGCAGUAUUGAACGGAGAUUUAAGUUUAGCCGAAAUGACUGUAAGAGAUGUUGAAAAAGCUUUUAAUAUCGAAAAGUACUCGAAUCCUCCUGAAAGUGUAUGUUGUUGUAUUUUGUAUGCUCAGAUAAUGUCCAAAACUGAACAGUAUCAAAAGGCUGAUACUUAUUUUGUUAAAGCAAUAGAGGAAGAUCUAAAUUACGCUAUUGUUUAUCUGUCAUUGUGGAACUGUAAUCUUGAUAACACUGUGGAAUACUUGAACAAAGUAUUAAAAUUGGAGACGUGCUCUAAUGGAGGCAGGCUUAGAUGUAUUGAAAUGUUAAGAACAAUCGAAAUACAACGAGGGAACAUAGAAGAAGCAAUAAAAUUAUCUGAUAAGGCUUUAGCAUUUUGUCGCACAUUCAAGGAACUGUUAUACAUAUACAAUAUAGAUGCUAUAAAGAGACAUCUUAAUAUACAACAUCCAUUUGGACAUGUUAUUCAUUUCCUUCGAUCAUAUUCUCAAUUUAUCGAUGUUCAAAAUGCACAAGAAUCCGACAAACGUAUCCCCAUUGACAGCGAUGGGCCAUCCAAAGUGCCUUUUUCUGUAGCUGAAUCGAAGACUCCUUUACAAAGAGCGCAGAAGUAUAGGAACGAAGGAAAUGUAUGUUUCAAAACUGGAAAAUAUAAUGAAGCUAUUGCUGAAUAUACUAAAGCAAUCGAUAUUUGUCCCAAGGAGAAUAAGGAUGAACUCGCGACUUUUUAUCAAAAUAGAGCGGCUGCGUAUGAGCAAUUGAAAAAAUAUAGUUCCGUAAAGGCAGAUUGUACAAAAGCGUUAGAACUAAAUCCAAAAUAUAUUAAAGCUUUGCUACGUCGGGCACGUGUAUUAGAGCAAACGGGGGAUUUGGAAGCAGCCUUGAAGGAUAUGACUACCGCGUGUAUUUACGAAGGGUUUUCUAAUCCUAAUUCCGUAAAGGCACUAAUAAUCUUCGAAAAGCUUGUGAAACAACAUGCUCAUGAUGAUUGGGCAAACAGAAAAUUACUUAUGCUAAUUGAUAAGGCUUCCAUCGAAAUUUAUAUUAUAUCUUUUUCUCAAGAUCCAGUGUUUUCUAAACUUCGAUGUCCAAAAAAUAUUCCAGAAUUUUUUAAAAAGCCACUACAAGCAUUAAAAGAUACGAAAUAUGAUGACGUAAUACCAUUGUGUACGGAAAUUAUUGAAAGUCCGGAAUUUAAUAUAUUACCUUCAACUAAACUCGAGGUGUUAUUAUUACGAGCUACAUUUUAUUCAUUUUUGGACAAAUACUAUCUUGCAUUCCAAGACUUAGAAUGUAUACUGAACAUCGAAUAUGCAUCCGAUGAUGUAAAGAUAAACGCCUUGUUAAAGAUGGCGGACUUACGUCUGGCUAUCAUGGGUGAUCUAAACAUGGCCUUCAUGCAUUUCGAGUUAGCCAUUAGUAUAAAUCCGCAUUGCAGCGAUAUUUACUAUCGGAGAGGACGGUUAUAUAUGCACAUUGGCAAACUAAACAAAGCUAAACACGAUUUUGAAAAGGCUCUUGAAUACAAUCCAAAUUUUAACAUGGCAUGCAUACAAAAAUCCUAUACAGAUUAUUGUAUUGCGAUGUUAAAUAAAGAUGUAAGAUUAGUCGAAGCGGCUGUGAGAGCUUUCGAGAAAGUUUUCAAAAAAUUUAUAAACCUUCCUGAGUGUAUAAUCUGUUAUCGUUAUUAUUGUAAGAUGAUGUCCGAAACUCGUCAGUACCAAAAAGCUCAUAUUUAUUUUACUAAAAUAAUAAAGAAACAUCCGGAGAACACAUCUAUGUCUUUAAUUUAUCUAGAGAGGGCCUUUUUGCAAUUUGAUUGGAGCGGUUAUUAUGAUAAAGCUGUGAAAUACUUUAAGAAAGCGAUAGAAUUAGAUGAAAAGUGCAGUCUUGCAUAUAAAGCGUUAGGGAUCAUCGAAAUAAAAAGGAGAAACCUAGAAGAAGCAAUAAGAUUGUUUGACAAAGCUAUAGUGUACUGUCCUAUAUUUAAGGAACUGCUAAAACUAUACUUCUUGAGAGACGCAGCAAAAGUAGAACUUAAUGUCAAGAAUCAAUUCGGGGAUAAGUAUUUCGAUUUUUUCGGUCGUUAUCUUGGUUCGCGGAUAUUCGUGUUGCGAAGUACGGACGAAUCCAUCAAGGGUUCAGUUACGAUUUUAUGUUAAGAUACCACUCUUGAACACUAUAUAUAUAUAU